UAUAUCCAUUUAAACAGAUAUGGGAGAUUUCUUGUUUAGAUGAACAUCAUGUGUGACCUUAUUUUAUGUCCGUGAAGAAUUCUCUUCCUUGUCCGAGUUUUUACCUCUCAUUCAAUUCGUAACUUGUUUGUUUGAUUGCCUGAAGCUGGGGCGUGUAAUCGGCACUCAGCAACUUAACUAAUAAGGAACGCGAGCGUGAAUUUUUGGUCAUCCAUUGCCAAAUUUAUUUUAAAAGCUCAAUCUCAAAUAAGUGCAACAUAUACGUCUCAGACGUUACGAAGGUUGUUCAUAUACCACUUGAUCCUUAGGCGAAGGCGAGCCAGUAAAAUUGUUUUUGCCUUUCAUUCACUCUACUGCUCGACUGCUCCAUCACUUCCAUGUUCUUGUCUCCGAUUCCUCUGAUUUAUGCAUUUCGAUCUUAGAAUGCAGCGAUGCACUUUUUUGUAUAUGGUCACGAUUGUUCGGAAUAUGUGAUUAGGCAUCUCACGAUAGUAGAAAGACCGGCCUUGGCGUUUGAAUUUGCUGGCCUUGGCAGCGUGAAGGGAGGUAACAGAGAUGCCUUUUUUUUUACACCGCAAUAGACAAAAGAAUAGUUAAAAAAAUCCUUGGGUAGCAAAUGCCGAACUUUCCAUGAUGGGGAGGUCUUCGUCCCAAGAACCCAAAGGCGUUAGCCUAGUCUACUUUCACUGUAUAGGAUUUAGCUGCCAGAUCUGCGCACGUCUCGGUCAUUUGAUUGUUUGUCAUUCUCCGUGCUUGAUCACGAACAAGUCGCGCCCGUUCAAGUGAAAUAAGGUGUACCGUGUUUUCUUUUAGACUGUCUUGCCGACAACUGGAUUAUUUCUCUUCAUCAACAUGAAACUAACCGCCAGCUUAUUUGUCGUUUCGUUGUUUGUGAUUGUCUGCGCCCAACCUGACCGGCCGAGGACUAGAGCCAUUUCAAGAGGUGAGAUUACAUUUAGUGGCAAUGCUAACUUUGGCGAGACGUCUAGAAUUAGAUCUAGAGUCGGUGUUGAUGCUAGAAUCAGUAGAGUUGAUGCUAAACCUAGCAAUGUCGAAUCUAAGCCAAGAUUUACCGCCAAACCCAGAGAAACUAGAGUCGAACCUAAACCUAAUGUUCCAGCUAAACCUAAUGUCGAAGCUAAACCAAGAUUUACUGCCAAACCCAGAGACGCUAGAGUCGAAACUAAACCCAGAGAAACUAGAGUUGAUCAACCUAAACCAAGAUUCGAAGCUAAACCUAUUAGAAUCGAACCUAAACCUAAUGUCGAGGCUAAGCCAAGAUUCACCGCUAAACCAAAAGCCGAAGACAAGCCAGUCCUCGAAGUAAAACCAAAAGUCGAAGAAAGGUUUAUAGAAGAGGAUUUCCCCAUUGAAGAAGAUGGCACUAAGGAUAAGGAAGAACCUAGCCUCCAAACCGAAGGUAAACCAUCGAUCGAUGUCGAUGACAACACUGUGACAGGUAACCCAUCCACUGAAGUCAGGGGUAACGUUAUGACAGGCAAUCCAUUGGUUGACGUCAGUAACGCAGCAGCAGUCAACGGAAGUAACUGUCAACAAAACGAUUUACUCAACCGCUUAUUACUACGAGUGCUUUUAAGCUCUAUGAUGACGACAACCACCCAGAAUCCUCUAAUGGAAAAUAUCAACCGUCUGUUUAACAUAAAUCCGACUUCGACGAGUCCAACAACAGUGAUUACUUCCACAGCCGUUUCAACUGUCACUCAGCUCUUCUCUACUAUUGUCAAUGUGAUGUUCAGAAACCGGAAAUUACCGACAACAAUCUAUUCCAGCUCAACUCUAGUGGUGACGGAGAUCCAAACAGUAACCUCCACCUUCUCUUCGGUGGAACCUUCCGCUCUUUUCCGCUUUAAGCGAGAUACUGAACUAGUUGACGAAAACCAACUGCAAUCUUCACUUCUUGAAUCAACCUCAGUCUCCAAACUGAGAAUAGAACCAACACAGCCGUUGUCCACAUCAUCCGACUUUGCUUCCCACCGUGAUGCAAUGGAACCGGCAAUUGAUAUUGAUCGUUUAAUGGCCGCACUUAAUCAUCCCGAUAUCCGGGAAGCCUGGAAUAAUUUCUUACAAGUUUUGUUUAGAUUUUUGGAAUGAGGCAUAAGCAUUGAGAAUAUAUCACCUCUGCACAAAAUAUGAAAAAAAAAAACAACGAAAAAAAACAAAAAAAAAUAUAUAAAUAAAAUAAAAACAACAAAAAUACCGAUUAUAAAACUAUUAAUAGAACUGGAAGUAGAUGAUAGAAUGUUUUUUACGUACUAGUACUUCGAUUGGUCAAAAUGGAAGUAACAUUGUGGGCAUAUUUUUUGUUCUCGACAAAGUUGGAGUCCAGCCCACGUUGUUGAGCGGAAGCUUUAGUUGUCCAAACAACUUUCACUCAUUGAAUUUUUUCCUGAUUGUAGCCUCUUUCUUGAUUCUGCUGUUGGAGGUCAACCUUUUAGGUUAACGGACCGUGACGGCCCUUCUCCAGGGUUCGAAUGAAUGGUUUCAGGCAAAUUCUUCUCAUUGAUACCUCAUUCAUAAAAUUUAAUAAUCUCAAAAUAACUGAUUGAAAGACUCCUUAAACAACUUUUUUUUAUUUGAAUCGAACUGAAAGCCCGAAAUAUAAUGUUUUUAUUGAAAAUCGAGCCACACGCAAAUGGUGCUGUAAACAGAAAAAAUAUCAAGUGAAAGUUUCCAUAGUUGCAACUUGCAAGAGAAUGUUUCAUACGAAACUAUAAAUAUUUUAAAGAAUGCUGCCAACGAUUGCCUAGGGCCUCUCGCAUCCCGGUUUACCGGCAACUAGCAACCUCUGUCUGCAGGCACUGUCUGACAUAACGGUCACGAAGGGAGCGCACCUGGAAAGAAAGAAAUAUCCCUUUCCAUUUUACUGCAACGCUAAAGUUCAGUAAUCGGUUUCACGAAUAAUUCCAGAUUAAAUGGAACAUAUUUGAAAUUGUAAAUAGAAUUUACACCUUGCACCAAUUUAAAAAUUUUAUUACUCUAUUGUUAGCUGGAUACCUUAAAUGACGAGUAUUGUUCAUGACAAAUUGAGCGUAUCUAUCACGUCAUGCUGUGUUUGACAAACAUUUAAUAAUAAAUGCAUUUGGGUGGUA